AACACACAACUUGGACACGCAAAAAUCGAAAAAAAAAAAUAUAAAUCAAAAUUACCAUGGAUUCUUAUCAACAAUUAAAUAAACUCUUUACUCCUAAAGACCACAAUUCGAUAAUAAAAUCUCAAAUAACUUCAACAGAUUCUAGAAAUUCCUCGAAAGAAGUCGGCCAACAGCAGAAGUCUACACAAUUAAAGCUGCCCAAGCAACUAAAGCAAAAAGAAGGCGGCCAACAACAGCAGCAACAGCAACAGGAGAAUUGCAUACAAUUCAAGCAACCCAAGCUAAAACAAGCAACCACAACCCGAAGAUUGCCAGCAGCAAUACAGGCGGCGAAAUCUACGGGAGCAUAUUCUAAACAACACAAUAAACAACCAACCGUAACGAAAUCUAAAGUUGAAUUUACAGCCACAAGAAAACAAAAUCCAUUUAAGAAAAUGUCUGAUUGGGGCGAUGAAGAAACCACCGAGGUCAUUGGUAAGGGAUUUGGCAAUGAUAAAGACACGUACAAGUCCAACAAUGAUGACGACUUUCAGAAUGAAGACGAUAAUAACAAUGAUGAUGGUUAUAAAAAACGUUUUAAUGGAGGUGGUGGAGGCGGUGGUCGAGGACGCAAUGGCGGUGGCCGUGGAGGAGGUCGCAAUGGAAAUGGAUUCAACCGAUAUAACAAAGAUAAUGAUGACAAUGAAGAGAACGGUGGCGAAUCUAAUGGCUAUAGCGGAGAACGUCGUACUGGAGGUGGUCGAGGUCGUGGCGGUGGUGGUGGCCGUGGCGGAGGUGGUAGAGAUGUCGGACGUAGAGAAUUCAAUAACAAUAAAGGUGAGAAUGAUGAACACAAUAAUAGCGGAGGUGGUGGUGGCGAUGGAGAAGAACCCAAAAAGCCACGGGAAUUUUAUAUACCACCCGAGCCCACCGAAAAUGAAGAGGAAAUUUUUGGAAGUGGCAUUACCAGCGGUAUUAAUUUCUCCAAAUAUGACAGUAUACCAGUGAAGGUCACCGGUGAAAAUCCGCCCGCCGCCAUACAAUCUUUUGAAGAGGCAAAUCUGCGUGAUAUUGUCAUUAAUAACAUCAAACGUUCGGGCUAUACAGUUCCCACGCCCAUCCAAAAGACCGCCAUACCUGUCAUUACAUCUGGCCGAGAUUUAAUGGCUUGUGCACAAACAGGUUCUGGUAAAACAGCCGCUUUCCUACUGCCCAUCAUCAAUAGUUUACUGAGUGAAGGUGCUGAGACUUCGAUUGGCAAACCCCAGGCCUUGGUGGUAUCGCCCACACGCGAAUUGGCCAUACAAAUCUCCAAUGAGGCUCGCAAAUUUGCCUUGGGCUCUUAUCUAAAUAUACGCCUUGUGUACGGUGGCACUUCGUCUAAACAUCAGGGUGAAAAUAUUGGCCGCGGUGGCAGUCAUAUUUUGAUUUGCACUCCUGGACGUCUGUUGGAUUUUGUGGAGAAGGGUUUAAUUUCAUUUGAAGAGACACGUUUUGUAGUGUUGGAUGAGGCCGAUCGUAUGUUGGAUAUGGGUUUCAAAGAAAGUAUGGCUACCAUUAUGAAUCAUCCCACAAUGCGUCCCAUGGAGGAGCGUCAAAAUCUUAUGUUCUCAGCCACAUUCCCAGCGGAAAUUCAACGUAUGGCUGGUGAAUAUUUAAAUGAAUACAUAUUCAUAUCGAUUGGUGUGGUGGGCGGAGCGUGUUCGGACGUUACCCAGAAUAUCUAUGAGGUGAAAAAGUUUCAGAAGCGUUCCAAGUUGAUGGAACUAUUACAAGAAAAUCCCGAUGGCACUAUAGUUUUUGUGGAAACCAAACGUGGUGCGGAUUUUCUGGCUUCUCUACUCUCGGAAACGGAUUUCCCAACGACUUCAAUACAUGGCGAUCGUUUGCAAAGUCAGCGUGAAAUGGCCUUGUCAGAUUUCAAAAACGGCAAAAUGAAGGUUUUAAUAGCCACCUCGGUAGCAGCUCGAGGUCUCGAUAUCAAGAAUGUAAACCAUGUGGUCAAUUACGAUAUGCCCUCUUCGAUUGAUGAGUAUGUGCAUCGUAUUGGCCGCACAGGUCGUGUGGGCAACAAUGGUCGUGCCACUAGUUUCUUUGAUCCGGAAAGUGAUUCAGCCAUUGCCGGAGAUUUGGUAAAUAUUCUAGAAGGCGCUGGCCAAGAAGUGCCCGAAUUUUUGAAGAACUUUAGCGGUGGUGGAGGCGGUGGCAGUUUUGGCAGUAAAUUUGGUGGCCGUGAUGUGCGAAAAGGUGUUGCCCAGACUGAUGACAACUUUGUUACCUCCUCUGGUCCCAGUGCUUUGGAAGAUGAUGAAGAGUGGAAUUGAAAUUCCAUUCUUCCAAUUGCUUCCUAAUUGAUUUUUAUUUUCUUUAGUCUUUAAGUAUUUUUUAAUGGAACUGGUUUUCAUUAAUUCUUUCAGUUUUAUUACUACUUCAAACAUACCCACCCUACAUACAUACAUUCAUACGUACAUUAACAUUAUUCUAAAUUUUAUCCAACAAAAAUCUCAUGAAUAGACUUUUUUUAAAAAAAAAAUCCGAUUUGGAUAUUAAAUCCAUCAUCGUUAGUUUACAAAAAUAACGAUAUUUACUUAACAUGUUUUUCUUAUUAUAGUUUUUAAAUUAUUUUGAAAAGUUUUUAUAAUACAUAUAAUCAUCAAUUAUCAUUAUUUUUAUUUAAUUGAUUUGAUUGUACUUCUAUGUAUAAAAAACAACAACUAAGAAUUUUGUGAACCAUUAAAAAUAAAAUGUAAAUGAAGUUACAUUAACUGAAACUUAUUCAUUUUUUUGAUACAAAUAAAUUAUUAUUGUUUUUUGUAUAAAAUUAA